UGUGUUUGUUAUUGUUAUGUUUUGAAAUUUUCCAUAAACACAGCAGUGCAAUCCGGCAGGCAGCUUUGGAAAACUUGUAAUCAAUUGGAAAAAAACAAUAAUUAAUUUGAUUUAAUAAAUUAAAAACACUUUUAGCAAAAUGUUGCGUCAAAUUCUAACAAAUGUUUACCAAAAGUCCCUAAUUCCUGCUGUGGCUCGUACCCAACGCUUUUCAGCUGCUGCUGGCGGUGAUGGUGGCAAACAGAAGGAUAUUAUAAAUAAUGCAGAUGUUCCCAUUAUCGAUUAUGAGGAUCCUGAUUAUUUACCCUUGCCGGAGUAUCCUUUCAAGACAAAUGAGCCUUUGGAUGUUAAGAAACAAAGACUUGUCUAUCAAUCCCGCAAACGUGGCAUGUUGGAAAACGAUUUGCUCCUAAGUACAUUUAUCGACAAAUUUCUGAAGGGUAUGGAUGCCAAGCUAACUGAGCAAUAUGAUCAACUAAUCAAUGGUGUUACUAAUGAUUGGGAAAUUUACUAUUGGGCCACACAAACUAAGCCCACACCACCCGAGUAUGAUAAUGAAAUCAUGAAAAUGCUUAAGGAACAUGUGGCCAAUGCUCAGCGUGAAAAACGUUUAAGACAACCCAAUUUAUAAAUUGUUUGUUUGUUAAUGAAGUACUGAGUUAAACGUCUUAGAUAUUAUAUAAACGUAGUGUAAUGUGUUUUUUUGUUUAUUAAAUUAUAUUAAUUGAAUUAAUUAUAAUAAAAA